CCGGGCUGAGGCCUGUUGGAUACGUGUGGACGGGCCCGUGCGGUAGCAGAGGAGCGAGGGGAUGUGUCAGCUCAACUCGUGGGACAAAUAAAGGGCAACGCGGGUAGGGGAGUGCGGGGCAGGAGUACAGGGAGCUCCCAGGCGCUGCCCAGGCAAUCUGCCUUGAGACGGGAACGGACAGGGGACAAGACCACGGCCCGCGACCAGAGCCUCCGUCCCGUCAAAUAGACGGGUGGCUUGCCCGGAGCCAGGAGGGGGUGGCCAGGAGGUUGGGGGCUUGGUGGGACCACAGAGCAUCCAUAAGCAAGGGGCAAGGCAAGGUCAAGCCAGGGGUUACCAGAAACAGCUGUCAGGAAGCGAGCCAAAGUCAGCCCUGGGCUCUGAAGCUCAGCGUCUGGGCACCCAGGUAGGAACAGGCACCAGGGACAUCACACAGGCCACAGCUACCUGCAGACUGAAGCCAGUUCGCUGUGCAGCAGGGCCAGGUGCUGCAAGAGCACUUGAGAAGCAGCCUGGGAACCAGUCCUCUGGCAGAGGCCCCGCUGCAGUGUGCAGUGUUGCUGACCCAGUUGCCCAGCUGCAGUGCAGAGGCCUUACAGCUACAUGCACUUGUGGGAAAGCAGUUGGGAGGGGGAGGAGCACUGCGAAAGGCCCACGCAGGGAAGUUUGGGCGUGUUCUGCACGUGCUCUGUGAGUCCCAUCUGUGCAGGGCACAAGGAUGUGGCUCGUUUUUUUUUUUUUUAAUUUCGUUCUUUUAGGCAGGAGGCAGGGAUGUUGUGGACAGUGCCUUUUGUUAGACCAACUCAGUGGUUGAAAUGAUGUUAGACAACCUUUGAAUGCCAGACACUCCUUAUCCGUUCUGAGGAGGAAAGUGGCCCGGCCACUGAUCACAGUUAACAACAGAGAAUGGAGCUGUAAGUUUGGAGGGAAGCCAGGGGAGGAAAGUCCCAGGUUAGCAGACAUCACCCAAACAGUUAAGAAAAGAAAAUUGAUUAUGGGGGGGAUUGAGACUACGCAACAGAUGAUAGCAACCCUUUUGAGCAUAGGAAGAGCUUCAAGAAUCAGGUAGAUUAGUGUGCUAUAAAAUUGGUAUUAGUAUUCAGUCUUCGGUUCCUAGCAUCCAGCCUGCUUAUGAUCUGUUGUUCCCAAACGUGUUUUUUAAAGGUGCUUGGUAGAUUUCCCUUGAUCACAAAGACAGCAAGGUCAGAGAGGGAGCAGUUCUUUUGUGAAAGCUGUUAGAUGGCACCUACAGUAACCAAAAGGAUCAACAAGCACAAACAGCCCAAAUUGUCUAGUGCUCACUGGCACUUAGCAUCAACAAGGACCACAGGCCAAUCUAUACUACCAAGCUUUGCUGAGGAAAAUCUUUUCCUGUUUGCAGUAAAAAUGGCAGAAGAAACUCCAGACACUUCAGAGAAACUUGUUGUUAUCCACUCCAAAGCUCACAGAGAUACCAUUCUGGCUAAUUUUGAGGAACAAAGGAAAAAAGAUUUUCUUUGUGAUAUUACUUUAAUAGUGGAAAACGUGCACUUCAGAGCCCACAAAGCUCUACUGGCUGCCAGCAGUGAGUACUUUUCAAUGAUGUUUGUAGAUGAAGGAGAGAUAGGCCAGUCAAUUUAUAUGCUGGAAGGCAUGGUUGCAGAUACUUUUGGUGCGCUACUAGAAUUCAUCUACACAGGUUAUCUCCAGGCCAGCGAAAAAAGUACAGAACAAAUCUUGGCUACUGCACAGCUCUUAAAAGUGAAUGACUUAGUAUGGGCCUUCACAGAUUAUCAGACAAACCGUCGCCCAAAUGAUGCAUUACCUGUCAUUUCUAAUAAUGGGGCUUCUGUAGUUGUCUUGCCAAAUGACAAGAAAAAUGAAGAUCCACCAAAGCGAAAGCGAGGAAGACCAAGAAAAGUCAAGAAUACCCCAGACGAAAAACUAGGGACAGCUUCUGUUGAAGAUGUACAGCUGAGAGAGAAUAAUUCUGUGCAGAAUAAACAAAAUUUUAUGAAAAAAGAAGUUGCGUUAGAAGAAGCAGUUGUUGAUGAACAAGGUCCAAUAAGGAAAGAAGUUGAAGAAACUGAACAUGCUUGUGGGUCAGAUGCUGCUGUAGAUCUGUCAGCUGAAAAGGAUGAGAACUACGACCCCAAAUCUCAAGGAAUACAGAGCACUCAGAGUCGGUAUAGCAAACGUCGGUUACGGAGGUCUGUCAAGCUAAAAGAUUACAAACUUUUGGGUGAUGAAGAAGAGAAAGGACUGAUGAAAAGGACAGAUGGGAAAAAAAAGCGUACGGGUUCUGAAGCUCGCUGUAAAGACUGUGGCAAAGUGUUUAAAUAUAAUCACUUUUUAGCUAUUCAUCAGAGAAGUCAUACAGGCGAACGCCCUUUUAAGUGCAAUGAAUGUGGCAAAGGCUUUUCCCAGAAGCACUCCCUCCAGGUUCACGAGCGGAUGCACACAGGAGAACGUCCAUACACAUGUACUGUCUGCAACAAGGCUCUGACAACAAAGCAUUCCCUCUUGGAGCACAUGAGCCUUCAUACAGGACAGAAGUCUUUUACCUGUGAUCAAUGUGGAAAGUUUUUCAGCCAAAAGAGACAACUAAAGAGUCACUACCGAGUGCAUACAGGCCAUUCAUUGCCGGAAUGUACCCUGUGUCGUCGCAAAUUCAUGGAUGCAGCUCAGUUAAAGAAACAUCUAAGAACACAUACAGGUGAGAAGCCAUUUACUUGUGAAAUCUGUGGCAAGUCGUUCACAGCAAAAAGUUCUCUUCAAACUCAUAUCAGAAUCCACAGAGGAGAAAAGCCAUAUUCUUGUGGUAUAUGUGGAAAAUCCUUCUCUGAUUCAAGUGCCAAGAGAAGACACUGUAUCUUGCACACAGGAAAAAAGCCUUUCUCCUGCCCAGAGUGUAAUUUGCAGUUUGCACGUUUGGACAAUUUGAAAUCUCAUUUGAAAAUUCACAUCAAAGAGAAGCAAUUGCAAGAAGUCAGUGCUGCCCCAAGCAGUAGCAGUAACUCAGAAGAGGUCAGAAAUGUUCUUCAGCUACAGCAGUAUCAGCUAUCCACAUCAGGAGGGCAAGAGAUUCAGUUACUGGUCACUGAUUCAGUACAUAACAUAAACUUCAUGCCUGGCCACAGCCAAGGUAUUAGUAUUGUUGCUGCUGAGAACUCCCAAAAUAUGACGGCAGAUCAAGGUGCUAAUCUUACAUUACUUGCUCAGCCAUCACAGCAGCUGCAGAACUUGCUGCUUUCAGCUCAACAAGAACAAGCAGAACAAAUCCAAAGUAUAAAUAUGAUAGAGAACCAAAUGGAAACUGCACAGCCUGAGCAAAUGCACGUCAUCACUCUUUCAAAGGAGGCGCUGGAACAUCUCCAUGCACAUCAGGGACCAACUGAAGAAAUUCAUUUGACAGCAGGAUCUUCACAUCCAACUCAGCACAUGCAGCUGAGCCAAGAACCUAGUCGUCAGUCUCAUAUUAGCCCAGAUACAGUCCAGCCCCAUCAAAUUAGUGAAGAACAGAAUCAAAACAUACACAUGAAUGAAUCGGAUCAACAAUCUUUGUCAGUAAAUCAGCCAUCUCAUGAGCAUCCAAUUCAAGGUCAGGCUUUUUGAAAUGCAGGCCUGUGUUUUUCCUCGUUCCUUUCUUAAAUUGUUGUUUGCCACCAGUAAAUUGAGCUGUAGGGUACUUCUCUGUAGGCAGUGAUCUACAUCAGGGCUGUCUAACAUAUAAGCAGCAAGGGACCAGACAUACCCACCAGGCUUCACUAAAAUCGGGCUGUGGGCUGCAUAGAUGCCCCCCGCUGCACUGUACAGAUGCCACUACCACCACUGCACCAUAUACCCACAUGGCCAUAAUCUUACCUUCAGCCCCCUUGCAUUGCCCUCAGGAGAGGGCACAGAAAGAAGCCAGAGGCGGGAGGGAGAGCCUGGAGACUGCUGCAACCAGAGCAAUAUGGGGAGUGGCAUCUGGGCAGGAGACACAGCCAGCUGUUCAAUACUGAACUACAUCAGUGCUGUCCAAUUCAUGGCUUGCUGGCCAGCCUGCAAGGGAUUGAUUUGUGGUCUGUGGGCUCCUACCUGGGCACCACUGAUCACUCCAGCUGCUGCCACCACUGGUGUUCCAGUCUCCUCCCUCCUCCAGCUUCCACUUCCUCCCUCCACCUCUGGGGAUGGAGCAGUAUGGCCCACUGAGCCUGACAUCUGGGGGGACUUGAAUGGUGGGGGGCAUUGGGGUAUGUGCCUGGGAGGGCCAGAGGAGACUGCAUGUGCAUCACAUGUGGUGUAUGGUCCCCAGGUGCUCAAAAGUUGGAUAACCUUGAUUACACGUAUCACAUUUCAUUUCUGCAGCACAAUAGCUAUCCAAAGUUGCAUUGGUGAUCUAGAUGGACAGCUUUCAGUUUAUUUUGGCUCAUUUAUUUUUAGGGUUAAUUAUUCUAGAUGUCUGCAUGGCCUCUCUGCAAAAGUCAAACUUAACAGUAUCUAAACUACUCUACCUUUCAACACAGGCUAAGGUUUUUUCACAAAAUUAUCACCAUUUGUCUUAUUCAACGAGCUUGUCUUUCUCCAAGUUCACAUACAACUUCCAGUGUGAUCAUUCCUUUAAGUCAGUGCAGCUGCUCUGUCUGGCCCACCAGGCUACUGACAGGCCAGCAGAAGUUGGGCUGUGUAGCCAAGGGAGUGGCUUGCCACAGAAUCCAGGGUUCCUGGGCCCUGGUGGACAUGGCAGUCAGCAG